AUGUAUCGUAUCGAGCUCCUACCCGGCGCAUCUACCCACGUCACACCCGGGUGGACUUAUGUGCCUGAUCGUGGGUUUGACCCAGCAAAGGCAGCCCUCGCGCCUACUAUCGGCAGGAAGCGAGGGAUUCGCGAUGGAGGUCGUACGGACUUGUCUUCGCGACAGACCAAUGCGAUCAUACGUCACCUAGCGGAACUUGACCGGGAGAACCAUCGGGAGGUUCAGAUUGCGAUUCCGGUUAAACAAAAAGACACGGCUGGAAGAGGGACACGAGGAAAGACGACCUCAAACGUACGCCGCAUUCUACAAUCGCAGAAAACCUUCCGAAACCACCUGGACGACGAAGAGGCCGCGCUGGCGCAGGCCGCCCAAACAACUACUCACCGUCCUUCAAUCGCUAAGAUCAUAAAACCAUCGCGACGAAGCCUGACACCCGCAGCUACACCGAAACCAGAACUCUCAAGACAAAGAAAGCAGCGUUCAAUCGCCACCCCGUCGAGGACCUCAUCGACCCCGGCAGAUGGCCAUAGUGUCGUGUCAUCUGCUACAACGACAGAUGAGACGAACGAGUCGAACGAGACACAGAACCAGAACCAAUUGAUCAAGUCGGAGUACGAUAACGAUCCUCUCCUCCGCUCCUUUAUUCCUUCCGCGCCCUCAGAGCGUAUCAUGCAAGCCCUCCUAUCCGAGCCCCCGCUCACAUACAAUGCGGCUCGUGCGGGCCCACCUAUGACGGUUAAGUCGCCGCGGCAUUUCUGCUGUAUGUGCGGAUACUGGGGCAAGAUCCGGUGUAAAAACUGUCAUGUCCGGACUUGCGGGCUGGCUUGUUACAAGGUGCACGAAGACUCGCGGUGCGGUGCUUUCUUCUGA